GCUCUGUCACUGACACAGCGCUGGAGGAAAACGGCAUUGCAGGUAAAUCGGGACUCGUUUGUCAACACCAUUUUUUUCUGCUUUCAUUAACAUGUGCGAGAAAUGAAGCGGUAAGAGAAAGUAACACUGCUCUGGUCUGAGAUUUGGGGUAAAAAGAGAAACGCGGACGGUAAAAAAACGUCUCUUCGGUCGAUAGAAGCUCCCGUUGUGCGAGCGCUUUGUGAACACGCUUUUCUUCUCCGAGGAACUUCGAAAGCUGUGGAUUUUUUUUAAAUCCUGAAACCCAAUCUAACAAAGGAUGAAAUCUGUCAAAAGAGCAUUUGAAGAGGAGCACAGUGGAGAGACAGAGUUUUCUGCCAUGUCAGACAGUGAUCCCUGUGAGGAUGAUGCUUACCCACUCAAUCUUUCCACCGGUGCCCGUGGAGCUUCUGCUAAGCGUCGCCGCCGGGGGAACCUGCCAAAAGAGUCGGUUCAGAUCCUAAGGAGCUGGCUAUAUGAGCACCGUUUUAAUGCCUAUCCAUCUGAGCAGGAGAAGCUUAGUCUGUCAGGACAGACCAAUCUCUCUAUCUCACAGAUCUGUAACUGGUUUAUCAAUGCACGACGGCGACUUCUUCCUGACCUGCUUAGGAAGGAUGGAAAGGACCCAACUCAGUUCACAAUCUCCCGCCGGGCCAGCAAAUCUGACAGCCGGUCAGUUGGCUCCGCCUCCCCUGAACACUCCACCCCUCCACUUGUCCCGGCACCUCGUCCCUCUGUCAUUCGCCCUGCCCCCACGUUGGACCUUAGCAUGCUGGGUAAUACAGCAACCGCCAUCUUGACUGGAGCUGGCUGCUUAGUGGGAUCUGGUCUAACAGGGCGAGACAGUGGAGUCCAGACCCUCAUGCAAGUGGACACUCGCGGCCUGAUCAAGAAAGAAAGCGUGAAUGCACCCUCUAGUCUAACUACUAUUCCAGGCUCUUCAAGCAGCCCAAGCCUGGGAACGAUGAGUCCUACAGUGGUGCUGUUCAACACGCCGCCCCCCACACCCCCAGAGCUCUGCCCACAUGACUUCAGCGACCUCAAGCUGCUUGUCGAUGCAGCUCUACAGAGAGCAGCAGAGCAAGAAAACCAGAGACAGAAGGAGCAACCUUCAGCUAGAGUGCCCUGUUCUGUUCCUGUAUCCACUUCAGCAACAGAGGCUCCAAAUAGGAACAUGGAGAAAGAAAAGAGCCGUGAAAGCCUGAGCUCCAGCAUCAAAUCAGACUCUGCUCCAAGCCUGCAAGAGAAAGCCAUUCUCCCCGUCUCUGUGCCUGUUUUAAAUGCUUCUGCUUCUCCUGCCAGCGAAGCAGGCGUUAGUCUGCCGGUGGUUCAACAAAGAGUUGCCGGAGCAGUGAAUUUUCAGCCAAAUGGCGUAUGGAGUGUGGUCAGACCGGCUAGCCCACCCCCAGCCAGCGUGUCUCACACCUGGAGCUCACAGCACACACUCCAUGCUGUCAGAGAAGCAGUCAACUGAGAAAAUCAAAAUCAUGCGUAUGCAUUUAUGAAGGACAAAAAGCAACAGCUGAGAAAAGGACAUUUCACACAACCAAACCGUGAAUGCAACACCUCUGCUCUAGGUUCUUAUUUGGAGGAGGUCGUCUAUGACUUAUUUACAUGGGAGAAGACAGAUGGUCAUGUGGCUGCAAUGUGACCGUCGCCUUGACGAUCUCCAAUUGUCAUGGAUGUGAUGACUGUUGCCUGCCGACCAGCUAGAAACGGAACAUUUCACUCAGAUAACUCGGUUGUAGGUCAUACACUAAGGUUACUUUUGAUUGACACAAAGGAUGUGUUUUAAGCAUCAAGCCUUUUUACAUUUUUUUAAAAGACUUUUCUGUUCUUUUCACUACGUGAGAAUUAUUUUGGGUCCUCUUUACCAUUUCAGCACAACACCAGCUGAGAACAUAUGACAAGGCUCAGCUUAAAAGGAAAGUAAAUCUUGUGGGUUUAAAAUCCCCAACAGGACAUUUCCAGAUACGCCCCAAACAGUGAACUUUCCACACAAAACCUGGCAGUUGUGUUGUAUCUCAGAGUUCGUAUCUAACUGAUAGGCAAGACAUUUCUGGUUUAUUUGCUUUUAGGACUGCCCUUAGAAGUUACACAAGUGGCCUUGCUCAGUUUUUGCCUUAGAUAUUGGUUCUUGUAGCAUUGGGUGAUAUUUCAAAGACAUCAUAUCACAAUACUUGUUUACAUGAUGCAUGGUUUGGUUAAGAGAAAGUUCAAUUUGAAAUACAGAACACUAGUGAAACAGCACACCCAUAUUACCCUCAGAAGAGUCUGUUGUGAUAUGAUGUAACACAAGAUCUACCAGAUAUACUGUUUUUGCCUGUAUGCUCUAAUGUCUUGGCUUAGGGCUAGAUUAGUAGACAAUUAUGUAGCAUGGUUAAAUAUUUUGUAUAUGACUCCUGAAUGCUCGUUGUGAACCAGCAUGCUACAUUGAAUGACUCAGUGGUGGGCUAGAUGUCAGGGAGAAUACAGGGCCUUGGACUUCAUCCUGCUGAGACUAAGAGCUCCACUUUAGUUCAAAAACCCCUGGCAUGCUGCAGCCUUGUUUGUUUGAUACCUCAUUCCAGUGGCUUGAAACCACUGCAAAUGGGACCACGACUUCCAAAUAUCAUCUUUCUUUUCUGUGUUUGUGUGGUCACUCAUACAUUCUGCACUUUAUUUCCAAGUCUGUAUGUUGCCAGUACUUCAAAACUUUAACAGUAGUCGUUUUUUUGUUUGUUUUUUGGUUUUUUUUUAUUGCUCAAACUUAUUUUUUGCCUCCUUGAGCAUUGUCUCAGUGAGGUAAGGUCUAGGGAUGAGGGAGAGGAGAGAGACGGUUGGGGAAAUUGAUUGCAUUGCAGAUAACAGCUCAGCCUGAUCGUUCCUCUGCAGUGACAUGGCAUGAGAGCAACAUAGCCGCUAUUCAUUUCCUGAGAGACGCUCCUUCCUAUCCCAGACAAGCUUUAACAACUUUUGCUGAAUUAAAUGGGGAGAUUUUAUGGCGCUUUAAGGGCGUACAGUGUCAAGUAUUUCCAGAAGAGAUGUCACAAACUCAUUUGUGUGUCGGAGACUGUGACGGGCAGAUUGUGAGAGAGCAGGAUUAAAGUAUAGGUUAUGCGGAUCAAUGUGAUGAAAGUGGAGAGCAGACACUAUCAGUUUUAUUUUCCAGAUUCAUCAGUAGUGUUUUCAUAUCCUUAGCUCAUAAUGUUAGCUUGUUCUUAGAUUUAAAUGUUAUUUUGUGAGCUGAGGAAUGCGUUAUUCUGCAAAGCACCUUUCACAAUGCUGGUAAUAGAAUGGUGCACAGCUGUGUUCAGAAGAGUGAAGACGUCGAGUAUAAUAGCCUUGAGAUCUGUUUCAGAGCAGGGCUGUGUGCCUAUGAAUGUGAAAGAUCGCUGUAUUAUGGUGCUGGCUUUUUUUUUUUUUGGAGCAUUAUAAGAGGGGGUUGUACUUUUUUUUUUUCUUUAAAAAAUUUUUUUUACCCCCUAAUUGUAUUUUGGUUCUUCCUAAUGUUUCUUACUGAUUUUAUUGUAGUUAUUGUCACACAUUUUAUAUGUUGGGGUCCAUGUUUCUUUCCAUGCCCAAGUUCCAUGAAAUGUAUCAGAUUUUUUUUCCCCUCAGUGUUUUUGUAGCUUUGUGGCUGAAUGAGUUGUAGUCACUGUAUUCAAUGCACACCAUCCUAUUUUACCUCCAGUGGUGCCAUUUGUCUUACUCUCCCAGUUGUUUUUAUAUUUUCUAACUUAUGUAUUUGUGAAAACCCUGAAAUUUCCCAAACAUCUACCAUAAUGAGCUAACCUGUAUUGUCUGUUUGUUUUUAUGGUCACGAUCCUGUUUAAGUAAGGUGGCCUCUAAUCUGCCCUCUGUGUCCUCUUUUGGAGGUCUGCCCUCAUUUUCUGUAAUAUUGUAACAAUUACUAUGUAUUUCCUUUUUUCUUUCUUUCUUUCUUUCUUUCUUUUUUUUUUUUUUUUGUUACCAUCUGAUUGCGUUCAGUCUCAGGUUAAGUCAGUUGUUCCUAUUUUAGCAUAGAUUUCAGCCACUGGGGAGAAAUGUGAGAGUAUUAGAGAUCAUUAAUGUGCUUUAGACCAGUGUUUGAGAUGUUUUUGUAGCCCAGCAUAGGCUAACUGGACAGGAGAAAUUGGCAUAAUAAUAUGAAAACUCUGUUAAAACCGGUGUACCACUACAUGGAAAAACCACUGUGAGCUUUCCGUUAGUUACUGGGUUCCUGGAACAACAUUGGGUACUGGAUGUAUACGUAUAUUUUUCAGAGAUGCUCUAUUUUUUCACUUCUGUAGAAUGACUGAUGUUGAUAUUCUAGAUACCUUGUCUAUUUAGUCGAGAAGGGGUCUUGUAGAUAUAAAGCGCAUGUCUAUCGGGUCUGGUUUUUUAUGUAUAUUAAAUGUGUAGCGCUCUCUCUGUCCCUCUAUAUAUGACCAAAUACUUUAAGAUGGAUAUGAAUAGUAUUUGUUUCUUACAUUUCCUAUCAGUGUAUCAAGUUAAAGAGAAAAAAAAAUAUGGACAGUAAACUUGGCAUUUGUGCCUUACCUGAGAACAAGAGAAUCUUCCCAGCUUUUCUAGAAAUCUUUGGACUAGUCUGUGCAAUAUCUGCCUUAAACUUGUGAUGUGUCCUUCUUUUUGUACAUUUCAGAGAAAUAAAGUACAAUUUUCAUAUAA